AUGUUGCAUGCUGUUCCCGUGUUUCCUAUCGUCACCACCAAGGUACAACCAUGCCUGGUGAUCACGGAUAUACCAUGCGUGCUUGCACCGAUCGCGGACAAGAAUCAUCCUGAUCUGCUGGAUGAAGGGGGUGCCCUGCCACGUAGCGCCGAAGGUCAAGUUUCCCUGAAAGGACUGCAGCACAUCGGAGCCCGUGCACGCGACUUUCCGGAUCUGCACUCUGUGAAGGUGCCGCCGGGGGGAUUCCCAUCUGCGACCGCAUCGUCUGCAUUGGGGGCCCAACCCGUUCACAACGUGUACGCGGUCUAUGCCGCCGCGGAGCCUCCACCCGGCGUUCAAGCGCAGCUCGACUUCCGCACUCUACUUGGGCACCAUUCUGAUAUGGUUGAGAAGGAUCGUCAACUUCGAGCUGCACCUGACGCUGAGGGCGAUGUGACAGGGGCAAGCGACUGGUCGUCUUCCCCCAAGCGCAUCAGCGAGCUUGCGGAGAACACUCUCGCCUCUCUACACAAUCAAGGAUGGUACGCUAUCGACCUCUUCGAGGUUGUACUCGUAUGGCGCUUUCUAGCGACUCUCUGGAGGGGGAGUUGGAUAAAGCUACCUGGCUACGGGGUCUCCUUCAACUUCAAGCGGGAACGUUCGUUUGGUAAAUUCGGGCACUUCUACGACGGCCAGAGAGUAGGUCUUUGGCUAGGCCCAGACGGGCCGCACGAGGGCAACCACCAAGGGCCCUGCCAAAUGAAGUAUGGCGGAGAGUCCCGGUGCCCGCAGCUCACGGGUGUCAACUGCAACGUUCACGAACAAAAACACUCGAAGAAGCCCAGGCACCUACCCAGCGGCAGCGUCAUGGGGUUCGACACAUUCACUUUUAACAUCACCUUGAUCAACGACUUGGAAAAUGUAAAAAUCAACCGCAAGACAUGCAGCGUGGCAGUCUCAAGUGCCACCGAACACCCCCACGAACGUCUGCAUGCCUGCCGUAAGGAAGUGUGGACUUGCGGUCGCUGCUUCUGCAGCAAGCCUCUUAUAAGGUCGUUCGACCAGUUCGGUGAAUUGCGCAUCACGCACAUGUAG